UACUACUGACCCCUGCUGGCCGGGAAGGAUGGCAAAAACGCGGCGUGAGACGUUCGUAAAAAAACCUACGGGGGCGCUUGCCUGUCCGACACACCCCGUCUCCUUGAUUAAUUGCCAUGUGCUCCAGCGCUUACACUGCUGAGAGCAAUCGGCGGCUGCCACCGCGCCGUUCUUACUCUAGUCGCUCUCUUGCAUUGUGCGCCGUCUGUCGUUCUUGAUCAACCUUUCGGAACCUCGCCUCGUUCAAUUUGUCAUCGCUCGGUCGGGCCGCAUGGGAGAUUUGCGCCAUCGCGCAAGGCUGUCCGUUUUUCGCAUGUUUGUGGGUGGGGGGCCCGCCAGUAAGCAAGUCGGGAGGCCUUGAGAUGCUCAAGCUCAAGCGCAGCACCGUGUCCGUAGGGACAAAACGGCGAGAUAGCAACAGCGACUACAAGAUGAUGAAUCUUACCGUCACGCCCGUAUCGGGCGUGUUCGGGGAAACCGAUGCCGAUGCCGGGUCGGAUGACAAGUCGGACACCUCCUCAGCCGCCUCAACACCGAGCGCCAGCGGCGGCGUCCCGCUGCUGGCAGGCAGAUCUGGACCGGCACCCGUCUCCGACGGCGAAUACUAUCCCGAGGGCGGUUUCCGCGGCUGGCUCGUCGUGCUCGGGUGCUGGCUCGGGCUGUUCGCCUCGCUCGGCUUCAUGCAGAUUCUGGCUACGUUCCAGGCCUACCUCACCACCACCACUCCGCCCAUCCGCAUCGGGCCCCGUGCCCUUGGCGCCGCCAUCUUCGCCUACGCCUCGCUCAGUCUUCUGCUGGGCAUCUACGUCGGCCCGCUCUUCGACAUCUACGGUCCCCGCCGGCUCGUCCUGGGCGGCACCGCGUGUCUCGUCGUGAGCCUGCUGGUCGCGAGCGUCAGCACGACGCACUGGCAUCUCUUCGCCGCCCUCGGCAUCCUCAGCAGCCUGGGCAGCUCGCUCCUGUUCACCCCCGCAAUCGCCGCCAUCGGCCACUUCUUCAAGACCCGCCGCGGCCUCGCCACCGGCGUCGCCACAACCGCGGGCCCCGCGAGCGGCGUCAUUUUCCCCUUGCUCGUCCAGGCGCUGUUCGUCCGGGUCGGCUGGGCGUGGGCCAUGCGCGCGCUCGCCCUGGUCUGCCUCGCCAUUACGGCCGCCGCCAGCUUCCUGAUCCGCGCGCGCCUCCCCGGCGCCAAGGACGCCGUCCCGCACCCGCAUGCCCGCAUCUUCCGCACCGCCGGCUUCGCCCCGACCGUCGUCGCCGUCGUGCUGGCGCAGUUCGCUGCCUUCCUCCCACUGACGUACCUGUCCAGCUAUGCGCUCGAGAAGGGCUUCACCCAGGCCUUCUCCUUCGACGUCGUCGCCAUCCUGAACGCCAGCUCGGUCGUCGGCCGCCUCCUGGGCGGCUGGUGGGCCGACAGGAUCGGGCCGUUCAACGCCAACGUGGUGACCUCGGCCGUCGCCGCCUUCGUGUGUCUCGUCCUCUGGCUCCCCGCGGGGGGCACCAAGCCGGGCAUCGCCAUCUUCGCCGUUGUGUUCGGCUGUGCGAGCGGGAGCAGUGUCAGCCUUGUGCCGGUGUCAGUUGGCCGGCUGUGCAGGACGCAGGAGUAUGGGCGGUACUAUGGCGCUUGCUACACCAUUGCUUCGCUGCUGUCGUUGUUUGCCAUCCCCAUCGCUGGCAGGGUGGUCAGGGGGAACGGAGGUUCUUAUUGGGGCCUGAUUGUUACCACGGCCCUGCUCUACGUUGCUGCCGCCAUCGCCCUCGGCGUUGCGAGGGCUUCGGUGGUUGGGCGUAGGAUUUGGGUCGCGUUUUGAAGGGUUUUUUU